AUGGUCGGAACGUCCAGGUCAUCUCAAAGUGGAAGCCACCAACGUCUCUGGGAUGAGGAAUAUGUCAUUCAGCUAGAGGCGUGGUUGGAUUACUGCCUGCUAUGGGGGAUCGAUUUUAAAUCGAGCAUCAUCAGUCAUCUCGAGGCGCAAACUCACAGGACUUUCACACUACAGCAGGUGCACAGAAGGCUUACACUGGAAUGGAAUCACCUAGGACAUGCCGAUUCUGACAGUGUCGAUGAUUUGUAUAGACAAGGCACUGCGUGUCUUGCCUAUUUGACUGAUUCCGAGAGGGCAGUCAUUGAGAGGGCGGUCAACGAUCUUGGGCCCCCGAAAACCGAGAGUCUAUUAAAAGACACGUCCAGCACGCUCCGAUCGAAUUUAGGAAGUGUUCCGAUUGACCAUCAGUCAUCUCAUGACUCGACACAGCCAAAUGUUCCUGUUGUUGCCACAACAAGUACCGCAGAGGACCGGCUUUCAGACACAAGCAGCGACUUGUCAGAUUAUGAUGAAAGAUAUCUCCAGGAAGACUUUUUGAAACCCCAGUCUAUCCGAGGCAAUAGCAUGCCAUUUGAGCCUAGGAAGGUCGGAACUGAAGUUUCUCGGACAUCUUCGCCUUUAUUCCUCCAAGUACAACUGACAGAGCCCACAGAGGCUCAGAACGUAGGAUUUCCCGAAGUCAAGACCGAGGUUUCUACCACGGACCGAUUUCUCUCAACGCGCGCCUCUCCGACAUCAGUAGGGAAUCCAGAACCCGAGAUCGCUACAAUUGAGCAAGAACUCUCAAAAGUCAAGGAAAAAUUGCGCGCAAGCGAAAGCAAAGUCAAUACGUUACAAAACCAGGUGUUCGACAUGACCGACCGCCUGUAUCGGGCGCAGAUCGAGAUGGAAGAGCUGCAGCAUCGUAAUCGCGCAGCAGUCGAUCACAGGGACGACGCCGGUUGGCCUGUAAUUCUACAAGAAGAAAAUACUGCCCUAAGGAAGCAUGUUCUCGCGAUGCAGGCUAGCAGAGAGGAUAUUAAGAAAUUCGAGUGCAACGGCUUAGGGCCUAGCGACACCAACGUCGAGAAACAGUUAUCGGAUUUAUGCAGCAAUAUUCGAGACGCUUGCAAUUCAUUUGGCCCCGAUGAAGUCGUGGUUGAUGAGCCUUUGAGAGAAACAGAGUUUGACCCAAUGAGCUUUAUAGUGUCCAAUUGGGCUGAGACAGCCUCUGGGCAUGAUCUUUCGCGACUUCUUCGGCAAAGCUCCGAGCUUGGGGUAUACAGAUCGGACGUUCUCAGGUCUCUUGUGGCAGCUGGAAUAUGCAAGCUCGUAUUUGAGUCUCCAGUCUCUCAUCUCUCGAUUACUGAAUCGCCUAUACUUAGGCAUUACCGAAAGCAACUUCUAAGUCGAGGUAAAUUUUCCCAACUCACUGUUACAUUGGAUUUGGCUGAUAAAGAAGACUUUAGAUGGUCCUAA